AUGGUGCUUCAAGACCUCGGACGGCGCAUCAACACCGCCGUCUCCAACCUGACCCGUGAGCAGAACCUCGACGAAAAGGCUUUCGAUGGCAUGCUCAAGGAGAUUUGCGCCGCCCUCCUCGAGGCCGACGUCAACGUCAAGCUGGUCGGCCAGCUGCGAAAAUCCAUCAAGACGACCGUCAACUUCAAAGAACUGCCCCCCGCCGUCAACAAGAAGCGCCUGAUCCAGAAAUCCGUCUUUGACGAGCUCGUCAAGCUCGUCGACCCGCACUCGGAGCCCUUCAAACCCAAGAAGGGCCGGUCCAAUGUCAUCAUGUUCGUCGGUCUUCAAGGUGCCGGCAAGACGACGACCUGCACCAAGCUCGCCCGGCACUACCAGACCCGCGGGCUGCGCGCGUGCCUCGUGUGUGCCGAUACCUUCCGAGCCGGUGCGUUCGACCAGCUGAAGCAGAAUGCAACCAAGGCCAAGAUCCCAUACUACGGUUCCCUUACGGAGACGGAUCCGGCGGUGGUGGCACGGGCCGGUGUGGAGCAGUUCAAGAAGGAGAAGUUUGAUGUGAUCAUCGUCGAUACCUCGGGUCGACACAGGCAAGAGUCGGCUCUGUUCCAGGAGAUGAUGGACAUCCAGACGGCCAUCAAGCCGGACGAGACCAUCAUGGUUCUGGACGCCUCGAUCGGUCAGCAGGCCGAGUCACAGGCCAAGGCCUUCAAGGAGGCUGCUGAUUUCGGAGCCAUCAUCAUCACCAAGACGGACGGCCACGCCCACGGUGGUGGUGCCAUUUCCGCAGUAGCAGCAACCCACACGCCGAUCGUCUUCAUCGGUACCGGAGAGCACAUGCUGGACCUCGAACGGUUCGCACCUCAGCAGUUCGUGCAGAAGCUGCUGGGCAUGGGCGACAUGGCUGGCCUGGUGGAGCACGUCCAGAGCCUGAAUCUGAACCAGAAGGACACCAUCAAGCACAUCCAGGAGGGUAUCUUCACGGUCCGGGAUCUGCGCGACCAGCUGUCCAACAUCAUGAAGAUGGGUCCCCUGUCCAAGAUGGCGGGCAUGAUCCCGGGCAUGAGCAACAUGAUGCAGGGCAUGGACGACGAGGAGGGCAGCGCCAAGCUGAAGCGCAUGAUCUACAUCUGCGACUCCAUGACGGACAAGGAGCUCGACUCGGACGGCAAGAUCCUCAUCGACCAGCCCACCCGGAUGACGCGCAUCGCCCGCGGCUCCGGCACCUCCGUGCGCGAGGUGGAGGACCUGCUCACCCAGCAGCGGAUGAUGGCCGGCAUGGCCAAGAAGAUGGGCGGCAACAUGAAGAACAUGCAGCGGGCGCAGCAGGCCAUGGCCGGCGGCAACAAGGCACAGCAGCUGGCGGCUAUGCAGAAGCGCCUGCAGAGCAUGGGCGGCGCCGGCGGGCCCGGAGGCGGAGGCAUGCCCGACAUGGGCAGCCUCAUGAAGAUGCUCGGCGGCGGCGGGGGCAUGCCCGGUGGUAUGGACAUGCAGGCCAUGAUGCGCCAGAUGGGCAUGGGAGGUGGCGGCAUGCCUGGGAUGCCACCCAGCGGUGGUCGGGGCCGAAGGUAA